AAGAAACAAUGGAGCCUAACAACAAUCAAAUACCAUGCAUCAUCUUCUUGUUUUCUCUCAUCUUCUUCGCUGCACAAGGCGUAUGUGUGCCACGCAACUUAAUGCAGUCUCUCGGACCCUCUCCACAACCAAGUCCUUCCACACCCCCAAUUAGCCAUAUAUCGGCCCCAUCGGGAGCCUUAAGUAAUCCACCGGAGUCUGCACCAACAUUGCCACCCUCCCCAAUGCCAAUGCAGGAAAACCUUCACCCCUCUACCCCACCAAAUUAUACACCACAUCAAACUCCUUCUUCAUCUCCAGUUGGCCAUAUCACAGCCCUAACUCCCGCCUUGAAUUCUCCAUCAGAGUCUGCACCAUCCUCCCUACAGGCACAAUCAGAUUCACCAAUAAGCCAUAACUCAGUCCCAAAUCCCACUUCCGAGCCUUCAAAUUCAAUGCCUCCAUCUUCAAACCAAUUCUCAAUCCUUGCUCCAUCUCAAAAAACUAUCAAUCUCUCUCCAGAAUCCUCAAAUUCUCUCAGUCCCCAAACAGAUAUUCUCAGAUCAAGUCCACCUAGCAACCCACCGUCAAUACCUGCAUCAAUGGAUCCUGCCAUAAAAAAAAUAUGCGACUCCACAGACAAUCCUGCUCUUUGCCUUUCCACUCUUGCUCCAUUUCUAAGUGACAAGACUGACCCCAUUUCAGUGCUUGAAAUGGCAAUCAAGGCUUGCACUCAACAUGUAAAGGAUGCAAUAGCCAUGGCUUUAGUUCUCACUAAUGUGCAUAAGGCUAGUACUGAUUCUGGCAAUAUCCCUAUUUUCAAAGACUGUACAGAAAUGUACAAUGAUGCUUUAGAUAACCUUCAGAGUGCAAUGGAUGCAAUUCCAGCUCGUGACAUUGGCACAAUCAAUACCAUGCUUAGUGCGGCUUUGACAGAUUUUGUGACCUGUGAGGAUGAAUUUAGUGGAGAAACUUCCGAAUUAUCCCCUUAUGAUGACAAGGGUACCAAGAUGGCUAGCAAUUGCCUUGCCAUCGCUUCCUUAAUUAAGUGAUUUUUUUUUUUGGGGGAUUAAGGUUUUGGUGUUUCUGGUUUUGGGCUAACGAAGCUUGGUUGUUGUUAAUUAGUUGUACAUGUUCCUCUUUGUAAGAGAGAGAUCAGUUAGGAUUCAUGUUAAGUGUUCCAUAAAAAAAGAAAAA